CUCUCGCUUACCUUGCGCGGCGUACUGUGUCCUCGUCGUACACGUGGCACACGCGGCUGUGGACCCCUACUGACGCGCUGAUUCACUCAAUGAUCCGGUGCGGCGCACACUCGACGACUGACUCCGCUCUGGGAUCCAUUCGCUCGUUUCCGCUUGCGUCACCCCGAUCCCGAUCCGGGCAUUGGUCGCCGCCGGGAGCCCGUCACCAGCGCUGCACACCUUUCAACAGAAUCACCUUGUAUACAUCCGACCUCCCCGCCCUCCCCGCCCUCCCCGCCCAGUCUUUAGCUUCUCGCCCCCGUCCUUCGCACAGCCACAACUGCAUCACCACCAUGGGUAAGGUUCACGGAUCGCUCGCACGCGCCGGAAAGGUACGCGGCCAGACGCCGAAGGUCGCGCCGCAGGAGAAGCCAAAAAAGCCCCGCGGCCGCGCCGCCAUGCGCCUCAAGUACAACCGUCGCUACGUCAACGCCGUCGUUGGCCCCGGCAAGAAGCGCGGACCCAACUCCUCGGACAAGUAGACGCCUGACUGUUCGCAUGGGAAGGGAACGCGAGGACGCGCUGCAUGCUGCGCAGGUGCAUGUAGGUUACGCGUAGCACAGACGGGUAAACGGCGUGUGUCCUCGCUUUCGAGUUUUGAUCGGUGCUUCGCUUCUUUGGUGUCUGCGCUUUGCUUACGUGCCAUCCAGUUCGGAGUGUGCGUUCUCAUGGCGGGUCAUGCGCAUUUGUUGAAAUCAACACUAAGUUGGUCUAUGCUGUCGUGUAGAGGACUAGUUUUUGCUUCCCGGAAACACUCAAACUCGGCUAGUCUUUCACUUUUUACACCUGCAUAGCAACGAACAUAGCAACUGAUACAGGAACGCCUAUGCUUCAAGAGUAAAGAGUACCAACGGCAUACGACACAACUUUUUAUCUCA